AUGGCUUCUAUUCUCACUCCUGGAACACUGUUUGUUAUGCCCAGUACCAAAAUUGUCCGAACAAAUGCCAAUGUCUCCUCUCUCGAUAUGUACAGUUCCGGCCAAACUUCAAAAUUCGCAUAUUCUGUUCCUGUGAACUUCACGGAGGAUGUGCAAAACGAAAUGUUCCUUGGACCACGAACAAUCAUCACUCGUUUGUCCACUGCCACCGCAACUCAAGGCCAAAUUUUACCGAUAAAUGCACCACUUUUCAAUGCAAGUUACGAGGUUCAAUUUUACGGACCCAUUGUUCAAUGCAAAGAGGCCGAUGCAGCUACCGCCAGAAUCAUACAAAACCUUCGAAACCAGUUUACUGCGGGCUUUACAGCACCAAUCACGGAAGUCUCAAACUACUACUACGCAUUCGUUCCUAACCUGAGUAAUUAUAGAAAUAGCUCUCUACCCAAUAACGGCGUUACAGUUAUCCCUCAAAUGCGACUUGAACAACCUCAAAAUGCUUCAAAUCAACUCUGGAUGGGCUACACACGUUAUGUCGAGUCAAAUUCAUUUCAAACCGAGGAUCAUUACACAGUCUGUUCACUCUACAACGCUUCUUAUAAUCUCAAUAUCACCCUCCAAGAAGGUACUCAAACCAUCACCAACAAAUCUCUCCAUGUCCUCAAUAGUGUUCCUUACCCAGAUAUCAAAAGCCCAGUCUCCAAUAAUCUCAUGGUCCAACACGCAUACUCCGCUUACAUGUGGUCUCUUACCGAUCUCAUCGUUGGUUCAAUGGGUAUCUUCAAAGCUGCUCCUUCUUAUCCAGGUCUUCCCAGUACAUAUUUUUCUGAAAUCACUACUCAAAUUGCUCAUACUUCCUUACUUGGCAGUUCGGAUUUAGAUGCUUUUUUUGAGAGGAAAUCAAAUGAUCCUAUGGGUAGUAAUGAUACCACAGUGGGCGAGCAAAGAACUCAAGACAUCAAUCUUGCCGGAAAUGCAACCUUGGAGACUUUAGUAGAGGGGUUGAGUUGGAAUGUAACAUGCAGUUUUAUGAAUAGUAAUUUAUUAUCUCCCUACCGCAACACCUCCAUCCUAUCCACAACCUCCAUAAACAUCUACGCCUACCAUUCCUCCACCCUCCUCCUCUCCUACGGUCUCGCUAUCCUAGCCGCUCUUAUCGCAAAUGCUCUUGGUGCAUAUGCGUAUCAUAUAAAUGGUCGCUCACAUAAUAAAUCUUUCUCAGCCAUACUUGCCGCAACUAGGGACACGGAGUUUGGGAAUUUGUUACCGGGGAGUGUGAGGGGGAAGAUUCCCCUGCCGCAUUGGGUACUGAGAACUCAAUUGCGGUUUGUGGAUGUGGAUGGUGGUGGUGUUGAUGAGCAGGGUAUGGCGCAUGGGAAGAAUAGGGGUGGGAGGGAGUUUAGGAUUGUGGGGAGGAGGAGGUGA